AAAAAUCCGACCCAUGCGUGUUAUGUUCAAGGUUGCCGUAUGUUCAGGCUGCAGCAGCAAACCCGCCGCCAAAGCUGAUCCACGUGGAGGGACUGCGGACCCGGGAGACUGGAAUUGCGGAUUCGGGGAGACUGCGAGAACGCGUUUUCAGAUGAUACAAAGCUGGAUGGAAGACUAUGCUUGGAGCAACUUGCAGAGAAGCUUCAGUGUGUUAACCCAUUGGCACAUCUGAUCAACAUCCCUUUGUAAUGAGGUAACCAUCGCUGUCCACUAUACCUCCAACUAACUGCUGAAAGUAAGCAUGCAGGUGCAUCAGGCAAUGGAGAAAGUAAAUGGUUAGCUCUGCUUUUCACUUAGAGCGAGAGAAAUGGAUGUGAAAGGUGUGAAGGAAACCCUAUCCUGGCUGUAUUACCAAUACCUCCUUGUUACGUGCAGUUAUGUGCUGGAGCCCUGGGAACAAACCGUUUUCAAUUCUGUUUUGUUCAUCAUUGUGUCUAUGGUUUUAUAUACAGCCUACGUCUUCAUUCCAAUUCACAUUCGUCUGGCGCUGGAGUUCUUUUCUGGCCUAGGAGCAGGCCAACCUGAAAGCACAGUUGCCAUCAUGACUUAACCCACACUAAUUUGAAACUUAAGACAUUUUUCAAUGAGAAAAAUCUGUGAAUCUAAGGACCCAGUGAAAACUUUGGUUCUUCAACUUACUUUGUGGCUGCAGUCUUAUUUCUUAUGCACCUCAAUCAUCUUGUGAUCCAAAUAAAGUGGUAAAUGGCAUUACAUAUAAAAAGAGAAAGCAUGUGGUAGCUAAAGUUAGGAAUUCACUGACAUCAACCGAUAGAAAUUACAAUUCAAUGAAACUAACUAUAAAAACAGCAACUGGAAGCAAUAGCCAUGGGGGUCAAAUAUUUACUCCUACAAUCGUGUGUUUGUCUAAAUCCAAUACCAUCAUAGUUCACAUUCGCAAUCUUCUCUAUUGUUUAACAUAAACCUUUCAUUUUAAUGCUAGUUUAAUUCUAGUUUUUAUAUAAAGAAAAUUUAAUUUUCUAAGACAUAUUUGUGUAAGUGGCUCAUCACUUUGACUUUGCCUCAAAAACAGCAAAUCUUAAAAUUCAAACAAAUGUCAAUUUAUGAGACAAUUUCAACACACGAAGUUAUAACAUAAGAAGUGACAGCUGGGUGCUAAAGCAAAGUUCUGCUUGGUGUUAAAUUUAAGGGCUGCUCUAUAAUGUUCAUAGUUACACAUAAGGAAGAGUUAUUCAUAUUUAUAAUCUAUAAAGGAACCAUUUUCUUGCAAUUGAAUUGAUCCAGUGCUAGGCUGUUUACAAAGAAACUUGAAGCCAUUUCAAAAAGUUCUUAUUUUGCAGCAAUGCAUGAAAUGUGCUUUCACCUACUAUAUUAGAUAACACUAUAUUCACGUUAUAGUAAAUGCCAAUGAUGCAGUUGGACAAGGAUGUUGUAAAUGGAUACUUUACUAAUAAACCACGAAGCAGCAUGUCAUGCAUCUAAAGUCUCUUCAAAGUAUUAUACUAUUGUUUUUACGAUUGGUAAUAAUUGGUAAUAUAAUGAAAAAGGCAUUAUAAAAUAAACAUUAACUUUUUGCCUGUAUUAUAAUUCAGGAAAAUCAAUGGUUGUACAUGAUUUUUCAAUAAAGUUUGAUUAAAAUAUCAAUCUCAUACUGACAA